AUGGCUUCAUCAUCUCAAGUCUACAGAUCAACUAGAUCAUCAUCUAAGGAUACUAAAUCAUUCGAAGAAGCUGUUAUCCAAGGUUUAGCUUCUGAUGGUGGUUUAUUCAUCCCUCCAGUCAUCCCACAGGUAUCUAAGGACACUUUAUUUAAUAAAUGGUCAAAAUUAUCAUUUCAAGAGUUAGCUUUUGAAAUUAUGAGAUUAUACAUCUCUUCAAGUGAAAUUUCUGAUAGUGAAUUGAAAGUUCUAGUCGAGAAUUCUUAUUCCACUUUCCGUUCUUCAGAAGUUACUCCAUUGGCCAAAAAUAUUACUGGUAACAAAGAAAAUUUGCAUGUACUAGAACUAUUUCAUGGUCCAACUUAUGCUUUUAAAGAUGUUGCUUUACAAUUUGUUGGUAACUUAUUCGAAUUCUUUUUGCAAAGACAUAACAGUAACUUACCAGAAUCUGAAAAGAAGAAAUUGACUGUUGUUGGUGCUACUUCUGGUGAUACUGGUUCUGCUGCUAUCUACGGUUUACGUGGUAAAAAGGAUGUAUCUGUUUUCAUCUUAUAUCCAACAGGCAGAAUUUCACCAAUCCAAGAAGAACAAAUGACCACUGUGGAGGAUAAGAAUGUCCAAACUCUAUCGGUUAAAGGUACUUUUGAUAACUGUCAAGAUAUUGUCAAAGCUAUCUUUGGUGAUAAAGAAUUUAAUGAAAGACACAACGUUGGUGCAGUUAAUUCUAUUAACUGGGCAAGAAUUUUAGCCCAAAUAACUUACUAUUUUUACUCUUACUUCAAAGCUACUGGUGGUGUUGAAGGGAAAGUUAAAUUCGUUGUUCCAAGUGGUAACUUUGGUGAUAUAUUAGCUGGUUACUUCGCCAAGCAAAUGGGUUUACCUGUUGAAAAAUUAGUCAUUGCUACCAAUGAAAAUGAUAUUUUGGACAGAUUCUUAAAGACCGGUUAUUAUGAAAGAUCUGACAAAGUCGCUGCCACACUCUCCCCAGCUAUGGAUAUCUUAAUUUCUUCUAACUUUGAAAGAUUGUUAUGGUUCUUAGCAAGAGAAUACGAAGCUAAUAAUGAUGACAUAAAGGCGGGUUCUAUUGUAAAUAAUUGGUUCCAGCAAUUGAGGGAACAAGGUAAAUUCCAAGUGGAUAACAAGAUUAUUGAUGGCGCUAGAAAAGAUUUCGAUUCCGAAAGAGUUUCUAACGAAGAAACAACAAAGACAAUUGCAGAAAUCUACGAAAGAUCUACUAACCCAUCUAAAUAUAUCAUUGACCCACAUACAUCUGUUGGUAUUUGCGCUGCUGAAAGAAUCAUUGCAAAGGAUAAGGAUAACACCAUUCAUUAUAUUUCUUUAUCCACUGCCCACCCAGCUAAGUUCGCUGACGCUGUCAAUGAAUCUCUAGGAAAAUUCUCUGGAUAUUCAUUUGAAAAAGACGUUUUGCCAUUAGAACUAAAGAAAUUGUCCACUUUGCCAAAGAGAUUAAAGUUCGUUGAAAGAGCUGAUGUCGAAUUAGUUAAAGCCUCAAUUGAAGAAGAAUUAACAAAGAUGAAACUUUAA